AUGGGUUCCAAAACUCCAGAAAACGAACCUCAUCGCAAUGAUCAUGGCGAUUCAUCGAACUCGAAUGGAGCCUGUCGUGAUGGCGGCGAGCCGCGGGGCUCCCAUAACUCUCGAGACGGAGAUGGCUGUCUCGGAGAUGUGGUAAAUGAGGAUGACAGCGACGACGACGACGACGCCCACGGUGAAGUGACUAUCAUCUCCACUGAAAAUCAAUUACCUUCCGAAAGCACUAGCGCAAAGAAGAAGAAGAAAAAGUCAAAGAAGAAGAAGAAGAAGACGGUGUCCGGGGCUAAGAAGCAAUCCAAUCCCCCCAGGAUUCCGUUGACCGAGCUUUUCCCGACCGGGGAGUAUCCUGAAGGAGAAGUCCAGCACUAUACCAAAAUCCGGACGAAAACCGCUGAGGAACGCCAUACGGCUCGUCUACAAUUUAACGCGGAAGACGGGGAAUUCCUACAAACUUACCGCAAGGCGGCCGAGGUUCACCGGCAGACCCGUCGUUGGGUCCGAGAAAACGUCAAACCUGGUCAUAGUACCUUGGAGAUCGCAGAGGGGAUCGAAGAUAGUGUUAGAGCGCUUUUAGGCCACCCAGGGUUAGAAACAGGGGACAGUCUUAAAGGCGGAAUGGGCUUCCCUACUGGCAUCUGCCUUAACCAUGAAGUCGCCCACUAUACGCCGAGUCCUGGGAAGGGGGUUGUAGUACAGCAUCAGGAUGUCAUGACGGUCGAUUUUGGUGUUCACAUUAACGGCUGGAUCGUCGACAGCGCCUUUACUAUGGCUUUUGACCCUACGUACGAUGACCUUUUAGCCGCGGUCAAGGAUGCAACUAACACUGGGGUCAAGACUGCUGGUAUCGAUGUACGUAUCUCGGAUGUUAGUGCUGCUAUCCAGGAAGCAAUGGAAAGCUGGGAGGUCGAGAUCCGUGGAAAAACCUACCCCGUCAAGCCAGUCCGAAAUCUCACAGCGCAUGACAUCAAACACUGGCAUAUUCAUGGUGGGAAAUCGAUUCCAUUUGUGAAGAACUCGGAUCAAACCAAAAUGGAAGAGGGCGAAAUAUUCGCCAUCGAGACUUUUGGGUCCACCGGUCGCGGCUAUACCCGUGACGACGUCGGGAUUUAUGGUUAUGGACUUAACCACGAUGCCCCAUUAACAACAUCGCUUCCUCUUGCGUCUGCUAAACGACUGCAUAAGACCAUUAGGGAGAACUUCAGUACGAUCGUGUUUUGUCGUCGAUAUCUUGACCGACUAGGUCUAGAUCGCUACCUCGCAGGCAUGAAUUGUCUCGUUCAACACGGUAUUGUCGAGGCCUACAAACCUUUGACAGAUAUUGAGGGUUCAUAUUCCGCACAGUUCGAGCAUACUCUUAUUCUGAGGGAGAGCCACAAAGAAAUCUUGAGUCGUGGAGAAGAUUAUUAA